AUGUCGAAGCCCUUCGUCGCUCCUUCAGCCCCCUCAGCAAUCAGGUAUCAAGAUCACAUAGGCUCCCUCUCACGAUCGGACAAGACACCGCAACGCGUCCUCUCCCAAUCCACCCGCAUCCACGUUCUCCGUGACAAGCUCGACGCCUCAGAAGUCUUACGCCUCGAAUUACUCGCCCAGUUGCUCGGGGCACAGCUGACCACCACCCCCGUAGCAGCAAAUGUCAUCGUCACCGCUCUCAAGGCACCGAAGCGCGUCCUCAAGUGGGUGCCCGAUGGCGAAGUCAAUGUCGUACCCUACAAAAAGGAAGGGGAAGGGAGAAGGGAGGGUGUCGAGACGAAGCUGGGUGAUGGCGUGGGCAGGGAUUGGAGACGCUUCGUCGUCACGCCGGAGUGGUUGGAGGAGGUGAAGAGGGUGGGGACGCUGGUCGAUCCUGAUCUCUUUCCCGCCGUGCGAGUCAAGGAGGACGUUCGGGUUCAUGAUACUGAACCCAGCGGCGAAGAUAGGAAGAGGAAGAGGAGUCCGAGCGACUCUCCCGCCUUACCCAUUAGCCGGUCUGGCCCUCUCCCGAAACGAGAACGCCGCUCCUCGUCCACCAACAUCGCCUCCAGCACCUCCCCAACCCCAGCACCUGCAGGCUACUACGACCCGAUCUACCCCCCACCCCCCUGUCCACCAUGGCAAAACACCCGCUUCGCCUGUCGCCGUCCCUCCCCCCUUCGCUCCCCCAACCAAUCCCUCAUCGACUCGCUCGAGAUCAUUCGCAACGAGCGCCGCCUUACUGGGGAUACCUACUCUGAGAUGGCCUACAUGCGCGCCAUCUCGGCCCUCAAAGCAUACCCCUUUCGCAUCCCCGAUCCUCUCCUCGACGCAUCCAUCUUUGACGCCACACUGCUCGAGUUGCGCCUUGGAGAGGUGGAGCGGCUCAAGGGUGUGGGGAAGAAAGUCUUCAGUCUCGUCCGACAGUUUUAUUCCGCUCGAGAGAGGGGGGAGGGGAGGAUUGUCGAGGCGAAAGUGAUUCGUCGCGAUCGAGCGGUGUAUGUGAUGAAUGCCUUUACGGAGUUGUACGGCAUCGGACCGAUUGGUGCGCGCGAGGCGUGGAACGGUGGAGCACGGUCCUUCGCAGACGUGCUGCAUCGAGGGAAGAGUUUGGCGACUCACUUGAGCGUCAAGGAGAGCGUGCGGAUUCUGGACGACCUAAGACAGCCGAUUGGGAGGGACGAGUGUCAGCAGAUCACACGCGAGAUCAUGACCCUCGUUAAAAGCUUGCUGGAUGGCGUCGAGGUGAAGCACGAGAUCUGUGGAGGUUACAGGAGGGGAAAGGAAAGGACGUUCGAUCUGGACAUUAUCAUUGGUCAUUCCGAACCUCCAUCACGAGCACUCCACAUGCGGUUGUUGGGAGAGAUGAAGAAGAAAGGUUUAGUGACGCACAUUGUUAACGUCUCCACUCCCGCUCCGUCCCACCUGGACCCCGAUCCGACUGCAACGAGCACAAAGGAGGCGGUUCAUAUCGAUAUCGCCAACAUCGUCGUCCUCCCCACCACCCCAGCACCGGUGCAUCGAAGGGUCGAUCUCGUAUUUUGUCCACUAAGGGUGUACGGUGCGACAGUGGUCGGCUGGUCCGGCAGCAUGACUUUCGAACGGGACCUCAGGCUGUGGGCGAAGAGCAAAGGGUUCAACUUCAGUUUUGAUGGGUUGACGGAUCUGGCGGAGGAAGCACUGGUGGAGACACGGGAGGAGAAGGACGUGUUCGAUCGGUUGGGACUCGAAUGGGUGCCUCCCGAGUGGAGGAAUUGCGAUGCCUGA